AUUGGUAAAGAAAAAUGCCUUUUAUAUGUGUUGUAUAUGCAGUAUAACACUGUGACACCAGAUGACUUUGUGGAGUCCCGACUUUCCCAACCCAAUUUCCCUGUGUGAGUUUAUAAUACGUUUAACCGAAACGCUUCUUUGAUGUCUCUAGAUCCAACCAGGGUUACAAUAUAUUUUCUGGUGUUUCCACUACAGUAUAGGUUGUGUGCAGUCUAGAACCCUUUUCUGAAAGAGGGACUCCUAUUUCCCUCCUGGUCUUUCUCUUUCCCUGCGUCACAGCUGCAAAUGAGAUCAAAGAAGAACCUCCUCCGGGAGAAGGGAUCCCACAUCUGGAAGACACGCCCCACGUUUUCCCAGGGGGAUCUCAGGAUGACAUUUUCCUGGCAGCCGAGUACUGUGAAAGUAAGUAUUCAAAAGGAAGGAGUGCCACAGCUCAGGGGAUGUUUGUUGGGUUAGGGCCGCCUCUGGGUUGUUUUUCUCCCAGUACGUUUCCGAGCACAAUUCAAAGUGUUGGUGCUGACCUUUAAAGCCCUAUACGGCCUCGGCCCAGUAUACCUGAAGGAGCGUCUCCACUUCCAUCAUUCUGCCUGGACACUGAGAUCCAGCGCCGAGGGCCUUCUGGCGGUUCUCUCGCUGCGAGAAGCGAGGUUACAGGGAACCAGACAAAGGGCCUUUUCUGUGGCACCCGCCCUGUGGAACGCCCUCCCUUCAGAUGUGAAGGAAAUAAGUAGCUAUCUUAUCUUUAAAAGACAUCUGAAGGCAGCCCUGUUUAGGGAAGUUUUUAAUAUUUAAUGCUGUAUUGUUUUUAACACUCGAUUGGGAGCCGCCCAGCGUGGCUGGGGAAACUCAGCCAGAUGGGUGGGGUAUAAAUAAAUUAUUAUUAUUUCUAAAGUUUUCUCUCUGUGUGUCUACACCUCACUAAACCUUGCAGUUCCCCUGAGCCUAAUAUCUUGUGUGUAAAUGGUGCUGUUUUGUCUUAAAAAGCAGAAACACUCACAACCCAAACCUCAGAGUUUGAGAAGAAAUAUUCCAGUCAGACGCAAUGGUCUUCAUCCUAUCACCUCAAAACUCUUGCCACCUUUGUUUUGGAGUGGUAGGAUGGAGUCCAUUGUUCUGCCUCCAUGGUACCUUCUGUUUUCCUCCUCUCCUAUCAGAUGGAGUGAUAUCUCGGCCUGUGUUUUCUUGUCUCUCUAAUCUCUUCAGGCGACGGCACUGCCAGUGAGAGCGAGAUGCACAGGACGCAUCAAGAAGGCCCUAGGUCAGCCAGUUCUGACAGGAGGUUCCCGGGGGUUUCCCUCAGGGACGUUUCUGUGAAGUCCGAAGCCUUCGAUCAGGGCUACAAGUCCGACAGGCAGCAGUGGCAGCGGGCCGUGAAGAUGUGGGGCAUCUCCAUUCAGGAGGUGGAAACCGCCGUGGCUGAUAACGCCGGCGCGGUCCGCGCAGGAGAGGAGUGCCACAUGUGCCGCAAAUGCGGGCAGGCGUUCGAGCACCAAUCGGGGCUCAUCGUGCACCAGAUGAUCCACACGGCCGAGAGGCCCUACGAGUGCCUUGAGUGCGGGAAGAGCUUCUGCCAGAGGGAGAACCUUCUUGCACACCAGAGAAUCCACUUGGGGGAGAGGCCUUAUGAGUGCCCGCAGUGCGGGAAGAGCUUCAGCACGCGGUCGCAUCUUAUCACCCACCAGAGAAUCCACACGGGCGAGAAGCCGUACGAGUGUCUGCACUGUGCGAAGAGCUUCAGCAACAAGUCCUCGCUCGUCACCCACCAGAGAAUCCACACGGGCGAGAAGCCUUACGAGUGUCCGCAGUGCGGGAAGAGCUUCUGCCAGAGCGGGCAGCUGAUCCGACACCAGAGAAUCCACACAGGAGAGAAGCCCUACGCUUGCCUACAGUGUGGGAAAUGUUUCUGCCAGAGAGGUCAGCUGAUCCGGCACCAGAGGAUGCACACGGGAGAGAAGCCUUACGAGUGCCUUCAGUGCGGGAAAAACUUCAGCAGGAAGUCAUACCUUGACAUUCACCUGCGGAUGCACACAGGAGAGAAGCCUUAUGGGUGCCCUGAGUGCGGGAAAAGCUUCUGCCAGAGUGCCCAGUUGAUCCGGCACCAGCGGAUCCACACGGGGGAGAAGCCAUUCGCGUGUUCUGAGUGUGGGAAAAGCUUCUUCCAGAAGGAGAAGCUGGUAAGACACCAGAGAACCCAUGCGGAAUCAAAACCGCACGAAUGCUCAGAGUGCCAAAAAACCUUCCCCCAGAAAGAUAAGCUCAUGCAUCAUCAGAAAACCCACGCAGGGCUUGACACCUUAUGAAUGUUUCCUCUUUUUAAAAAAAACAAAACCCUGCUCCUAAAGUGUAAUAAGUUUUGGGCAAAAUGCAUCACGUUUAAAUAUUAUUCGAGACCGAUGUUGGAGAAGGUUUCUGCUGUAAUUUGGGGCUUACCAAAUAUAAGGAUAAAUACAGAAGAGAGAAACAGAGUCUUGCUGGAUCAAACCAGGCCUGCUGUCUACUCCUGAAAUUGAGGCAUUGAGGUGAUGACAGUCGCCAUUCAAAUCCUCUUGGUUGGUUGGGAGAACAUUCUUACACAUCGGAGAAUCCACACAGAAAAGAGCCCUUUCUGAAGCAGCUUGGAACAAGGGGCAGCUUUUCCUCAGUGGUGCCGUGAAGUAACUUUGGCCUCCGGACGUCAUAGACAUCCCUCCUCAAUUUCUUAGACGGGAACGUGAAUUUACUUCAAAACACAGUGAGCUAUCCCUGCUGAGUUCGGGGCCCUCUGGCCCUUUGAGCUGUAUGUCGCCUUGAAUUCCUCCCCAUGGGACAGAACUCCUUUUCACAUUAAAACCAAAAGCAGCUGAAAAUAAGUGUAAAAUGUCACUUAGGACGUAGACAUUUGCAGGUUGGAUGUGUAAAGUAUAGACGUAUUUCUGCUGUUGUCAUCCCCCUCCCUCACAUCAGGUAUCUCUCCCACAAUCUCCUCUUCCGUUAUCCUUUAUUUGCACAAAAUCUAGUCCAGCAUCCUGUUUUCACAGUGGCCAACCAGAUACCUUGGUGUGGGGUUGGGGACACAAGCUUUUGCAUUAUGGUGAACCAACGCAGGGCAACCCCUCACCCGACAGUUACCGGAUUUCAGCAGGAAGCUCUAGGUGCCUGUGCAAAAUGGGAGCAAAGCAGUUUGCCUUUUUUCAGGUGUGAGCAGUACUGAAAGCAGGUUGUGUCCGCUCCCCUCUCCCCCAAUACAUUUGCGGAAGGAAACGAGUCCACGCUGUGGUUAGGGUUAAGUUCAAGAGCCCAUGUUGAUCGAAGGAAGGUGAUUAUGUUGGAGGGACGUGAUCAAUCAGGCAGAGGGUCUCCC